UCAUAAUUCUCACAUAAAUUCCUCCUAUCAGAAACUCAGUACUUCCUCCUCCCAGGCUUUGUGCAUAUCUGCUUAUCAUCUCUGAAUUCGUAAACAUAAGUCCCGGUGCCAGAAUGUAGAUUGUGAGAAUGAGAGUAUGAUCUCAUGCCGAAAAGCAGGAGCAACCCACAUUCCUGAGUCAGUAGCGGCAACUAGAUUUCAUUCGGUGUCAAGAGUUGGACCCAACCCAAAAAGGCAUGGCUCGAUCUGAACUUGGGAUCUGAUAGGAGCAUGAGCAUACAUAGGAACAGUGUCCAGAGAGAAAUUAAAACAGAAAGGGCUUCUGAAGGGCCGUGAAAAGCCAGAGAGGUAAGCUUCCCACAUCCAUGUAGGCCUUAGGACCAAACCGUCACCUCUUUCUGUUCAACCCACAGAAAGGAGCAUAGCUUAACAAGUGCCAAGAAUUAAACAGAUCUAACCAGGCACAGGGAAGAUAGUGCUUGUUGCUUCAGAUUAAUUUCUGUUGAGUGGUUUGCCUUGUUUAAUUUGGGAACACCUUUUAAACAUUCCUUGUUUCUUAAUUCUAACGAUCUGGUGUUGCCAAGACUGACUACAACACAAUUUUGUCAGAACCACACCAAAACCUAAUAAGAGAGGGAGGACUUGAGUCUGGGUGUCCUGCCUGAGUUUGAAUUUCAAAAAAUGCCUGUGGACAGGAGUCUUCCAUGCACAACAAUGAUCAUACAUUGAGAAAAAGAGUGGGAAAGGAAGGCUUUUCGCUGCGUUACGACAACAACAGUGUGCACCUAUUGUCAUGGGAGAAGAGAUGGAACCUAGAAGUAGGAGCCUUCCCCAAGAUGCACCGGAGACCUAUGUGAUGAUCACCACUGGCACCUCAGACAUGGACCCUCCUGCCAAACCACCUCUUUUGCAUAUGCAUCGGCUUCGCAACUUGGCAAUAGCUAGCAUUGUCUGUGGCUGUUCUUGCCUUGGAGUCCUAGCACUGAUCUAUGCAGUCAAGGCUAAUGAGAAACACAAAGCUGGCUCCCAAGAGUUGGCAGCUCAUUGGGCCCAGAAAUCCCGGCGCAUGUCUGUCUGCAGUAUUGCCGUCUGGCUGGGUCUUCUCAUUCUGGUGCCUGCGUCAGUGUUUUUACUUUCUUACCUCCUGUCACGUGCAGAAUGAUGAUCAUCCCAUGGAAAAUGUGACUUUGGGCUUCCAGGACCAACGCUCCUGAAUAUCUCUACUCUUUUCAACUUGAGUGAGAACGGACGAGUUCACAGCUUGCCUUCUGUCACGGGACAUUCACAUUUGAGUUGACUCUGUAGAGAUUAGAGAAGAAAUGGUGGAAAUAGGGUUACAUUAUCCUAAGGAGACACUGUGCCACUCAUCACAAUUUAGACCUUUCUCUUGACUGUAGAUCAGCAAUUUUGAGGGAAUGGGAUAAAGAAGAAGAAAAGUACUGGGUUUGUAAUUUCCCUGUUAUCGUAUUUUUAUUUUUAUUUGAAAUCAGAUGCUGCUUGUUCGUCCAGUAUUCUUAUGUCAUGAGCCUAUGAGAUGAUGUGCUUUCAACGGAGUAAAUAAAGUACUGCAUUUUGGAA